AUGUAUUUACCAAGCUGCACCUAUCCGUCACAGUCGGACUUUGGCUCCAUCACUUCGCCGUUUUUAACGGAGAGCGGCGCCGCUCUGCUGGACCAGAGCACCGCUUCGGCGAGACGACUGUCCGACUGCCGGGGCUGCUGUCACCACGAGCCGCGGCAGCAGUAUCCUCCUCCGUGGAAAUGGACUCUCCACCGGGCGGAGCGUCCCAUCACCUCUGCGCCGCCGUCCUGCGUCCGUUUGCCGGGGGAUGCCGUUCAUCACGAGUACCGGGGACUACGAUCCUCGCUAGAGACGAUGCUCAACCAAGACUUUCUGUACGGUGGAGCUGUUUACGGCGCCUCCGGUGCACGUUUUCACGCACCGGCGUUUCCCGGAGACCCGCGGGGUUUCCCCGGUGGAUACGCGGCGUUCAAUCCGGACUCAGAGCUCCUCUUCCUGGCAGGACGCACCAGAGUCCUGCCGCCGGUUUUCGACCAGUUUUUGGAGCACGCGGAGGAGAGAGUGGACCCGAGAGCGAAGAUUACACCCGGGAGCCAACGGCAGAAAGAGACAAAUCGGGCCCCGCAGACGAGCUGUCACUCCGGGGGGAGCAGCAAGGUGAGGGCGGGGUCAGAGUCACCACGGGCCGGGAAGGAGGACGAGGAGGAUGCGCCGUCAUCCAGCGGCAGUGGAGGAGACUAUUCCCCGGCAGAGCCCCCUGUGAGGAGGAAGAAGCGAUGUCCUUACUCCAAGCAGCAGAUCAGAGAGCUGGAGAGAGAGUUUCUAUUCAACGUCUACAUCAACAAGGGCAGACGCGUGCAGCUGUCCAGCCUUCUGCGUCUGUCAGAGCGACAGGUGAAGAUCUGGUUCCAGAACAGAAGAAUUAAAGAGAAGAAGCUGAAGAGUGAGACACUGCUGUACCACGCAGGAUAUCACUUGUUCUGA